CAUAAAGUCACGCUCGACGUAUCUCGUUUCCUCCUCGUUUGUAGAUCUCGUUAUGAACGAGACUAUCGUGUUGAGGAAGGAGUCCCAAUAUACAACUUCGUCAUUUGUAGUAUUAUCCGGGAUUCGGCGACAUAACAUGGCCACAGCAUGGCACGCGUUAAGUCGCGUAGUCUGGGCUUGAAGACGUUGAUGUAUUAUAGCGGGGAAGUCUCUUGACAUCACAUCAUGUAAAGCGCAAAACCUAUCUGUAAACUGUGUAAUAUUUAACUAUUACUACCUGGCAAGACGACAUUUUUUACAGGCAACCAACCGUCACCUGAAUAAUUCUCAUAAUGGCUGCCGCCAACAUCCUAGCGAGUCUCAAGGAAGCACUCCUAGAGUGCCCGAUAUGUCUCGACCAUUACGACGAUAGUGUCCGUAUUCCACGUCGCCUAUCGUGUUGCACACAGGCACUGUGCCAGCCGUGCCUGAAGACAUACAGCCGAGACAUGCCCCACAUCACGUGCCCGUUGUGCCGCCAGGACUGUGACCUGUCCGGGGGGAUCACAUCCCUCCCGAAAGAGAUGCUGAUCCUGCGGUUCUUGGAGCAUCUGAAGACGUCAUUAAGCAACCCUGUCCCGUCUUGCUCUCGCUGUGUCGAACCUACCCCUGCCUCCGCUAAAUGUGACACGUGUGUCGCCUUUCUGUGCACGGGGUGUCUAUACGCUCAUUUGGCAAACCGUGCCACCAAAGGACACGCCACUGUCACGUUUGAGCAGGCUAGAUCGGAGCAGAUGGUGAGAAGAAGCACCAUUCGUCAAGGUCGUUCAGAACAAGGUCAAUGUGGCGGAAACGGUAUUUCUGGGAAGGUAACUGAGCUGGGUAACAGGGUUGAGGAACUGUCCAGUAUUAGAGACAAUAUUGUCCUGUCCAGGACGACGGCCGUGGAUGAAAUUAACCUUGUGUUCGAUGACCUUGUAGAAAAACUGCAACAACGGAGAGGAAUGCUUCUGUCCCAAGUGGAGUCAAAGGUCGAGAGAGAGGUCAAGGCCAUCACAAGGGCAAUCGAAUCACACAAGGUCACACAGGUUAAGUUACUGAAUGCUUCUAAGGGUCCACAGAAAUCCUUACGGCCGGUUCUUGAGGCAAAGCCACAAGACGUUGAGUUUGUGAGGCGGGGCGUCAGUUUUGUACCAGCCAAUAUUCAGAAUUUAGCCUCUAUUGUUAUGGCCGGAGCCGGGUCGGUCAGGGCAGUGACCUUUACACCCACGGAGAGACCGACAGGGUUGGACGAGGAGAAUCACUGCAACUCCAUCAGCCUGGAACGUUCAGAGACCCAACAAGCCGCUGAAGUCAAGGUCCAUGUGGUGUCCGCGCGUGGCUCACAGAAGGAGUGUCACACAGGUUCUCAGUGGGACCAAGUGAUAGUUCUACAGAAGGACAAAGACGUCAAGCAGAUUAUUUGUCCACAUAUGGAAUAUGACUUCAGUACGGCCAGUGACGACAUCAUCCCCACGUCCGACUCGACUGUAUCGAACGUCAGACCGUCAAACCCAAUCUCAAACACUGGCUGUCGAAUCCAGGCCCAGAGACAUGUCCUCCUGACCCCCAGUCUCGAUCUACAACAAGUUCAUCGGGUGAUGUUUCAGAUGAAAGUAACAUUUAAACUAAAGCAAGCGAUACCCGACAGAAAGAAUAUAUUCCAGAUCAGCUUCGUGAGGAAGCCAAUGGACGUCGCUUGGAGUCAAACUGCGGAACUGAAUCUUGAACUCCGCACGUGCAGUCAGCACAAAAAUCACGUGAAUCGUGUGUGUCUCUUUGUAAUGUAUGAUGGGAAGGAUGUGUUCUGUUCCGCCAUUGGUCAGAAUCAAGCUGGCGAGUCGUGUGACCUUCACCUUGGGUUUUUAUUUGACGGCGAUACGAGACAGAUCGACAUCAUGGAUGUCAGUGGUGGGAAGCUGUUGAGUAGUGUGUCAAACGUGGCGUUUGAGCAAGCACUGUGGACUAUAUUGUACCUUGGGCGACCGGAAUGGACAAUCAUCAAUUCGGAAAUUGUUUCUGGGAACAAUGUUCAGAUUUCUAAAGCACUGAGCGAUAUUUUGAAUACCUCCUUGUUUCCGGAAAUGAAUAUGAUGUCUGCUGUUUAAAACGUGGUGACAUCUCAGCGAAUUAUCAGGCUUGCAUCGUUAUUUAAAACAGUGCAGCAUUCAAGAAUAUCUCGCAGAUAUGUUAUAAACAUGUCUGAAAAGUAUAAAGGUGAUUGACAGGUGUAUGAGAACAGAUCAGGUUUAACUGUAACAUCUAGAUACCCUUUCGUACGCCUCAGCUAGUGACAAAAAGACAAGGGACCAGUGUACGUUGUAGGCUUAAAGUUAGGGAACAACUCCAUCACGGACAGGGUCACCAUAAUGACUAAAUUAGAUACCGAUUUGUCUCCAUUGUUUAUAGAAUUUGUCUAAAUUAAUAAUAAAAAGUUCUGUAAAUGAC